AUACGUAAUUAGGAGGAAAUACCUUCCUUGAAUUACUUCCGCCGACUCCGCAUUCCAACAACCCGUGUUGACUUUCGCCGCGCCUACAUCCUCCAAACUCCUCCCGCUGCUUUCCUUUCACAAAUCGGCGCCUCCAGCUCUCUCCAGACUUUUCCCACUUGAAACCUGUCAUCGAUACCGCCAAAAUGUCCGGUCUUUCGACGACGAUUAUGCCCUUUGCGCAGCUGCCGGCCUGCGCUCUACAGUGCGGCCCGCUCUUCGACGCCAACGGCGCCUGCGUGCCACCUGCCGUCCCGGCGGCCGACGCCAAAGUCUAUGAUGCCUGCUUCUGCAGUCAGCCGAACCUCCAGCCCUUCAAGACUGCCGCCACUGGUGUGUGUGACCCCGCAGGCUGCGAUGCCGCCGGCUUCAGCAGUAUCCAAGGAUGGUACACCUCGUUUUGUAAUUCCGUCGCCGGCGGUGCCGCUGUCCAGACGUCCUCUUCUCCUGGAUCCACUUCGACGAAAGGGGCCUCGAAAGGAUCUUCCAACGGAAAUGGCGGCGAUUGGCUCUCUAACCACUGGAGAUGGGUCGUCAUGCUCGUGAUCCUCGUAGUCGCCAUCGCCGGCAUCUGGGUAGGCGCCUGCAUCUGGCGCCGGCGCUACCUCCGCCGCAAGGACCGCAUGUACGAGCUCGGCAAGCACGCCCACCAGGGCCCCAGUGGCAUCAUUGCCGGCUCCGGCGUCGACGUCAACCAGGCCGGCAUCGUCAACGCGCCCGGACAGUUCAUGCCCGGACCCCAUCCUGCGACCUAUGAUGAGAAACCCCCAAAGGAGAAGAAGAAGUGGAUUGUCAACCAGCGGACAUAGGCAUGACGAACUUCCUUUCCAAAUGCUUGGCGAAGCAAAGUAUCCUUCAUCAUCAUCCAACGGCUUAACGAGACGGCGUUCAUUUGUUUACAGCAUUUAG